AUGAAGAUCACAAAAAUCCUCCGGAACAUCUCCAUCAAACUCGGCCUCUCCUCUGUAACACGCGAACCAAUAAUCUCCGAACCGACCGACUUCUUCCACGCCGCCCACGCUUCUUCCGACUUCCCGAAGUGCCCAAACAGAUCCCCAUUCUUCCCUUCCACGCCAACACUGCGUCCACACCGCAAGCUCUCCAAACAAGCCACCCACACCAUCGACCUCCCGUGCGUCUCCCUAGCCACACCAGAACACACCCUCUCCGGCCUCGUCGUCGCUAAUCCCGACCCAAGCCUUUCCCAUACCGCAAACCCCGACCCAGGCCUCCCUACCAUCGCCGAAGAAGACCUCCACGCCGAACUCAACGACCUCCGCCACUUCCACCGCACCCACGCCCCGACCCUCGCCACCCUGCACCGCGACCUCGAAUGCCAACAAAAGAUCACGGCCGUGCUGCAACAAAGCAACUGUUACGGACCGGGAAAACUGAAGCAGCUCAUCUCCUCUUUAACGACCCAACUCCACGACCAGUCCACCGAGCUCGAAGACUUCAAAUCCAAACACACCACCCUCGCCACCACCGCAGACCUCAAAGACGAAAUCCUCCGAACUCGCUCGGUGCUCGAGCACGCGGUGGAGGAUGUGCGGCAGACGCGCGAGGCGCUGGAACUCGCUGUUGAGGAGGUGGAGCAGAAGGCGCGGGAGUGGAGGGGCAGGAUGGAGGAGGUGGGAAGGCUUGGGAGGGAGGUCGAGAGGAGGGAGAGGGGGUUAGGGUGUUGGUGGGGGAGGGAUAGUUUUAGUCUUCUUGGUGCUGGGGAUGGAGGGGAGGGGAGGGAUAGUUUUGCUUUGGGGGAGGGGGUUGAGGGGAGGGAGCUUAUCUGA